UUUGACGGCCGUACGGAUAGGAGUAUCUUCGCAUGACUGGCACAUGAGGAGAAUGUUCGCGAAACUUAUCUCCCAAACGGUGCAAUAUAUCCACCACAUAUCCUGCACCUUGACAUACAUCAAUCUCUCUCGAAGGGUGUAGGCCAACAAGGGUGUAAGCAUAGGAUAUUAUAGACAACCACCAUAGAUGCUAUCAACAAGACACCCAACAUGGCUAUCACUUUAUGUGAGUUUACGGGUGGUCCCCACGAGCGGCGAGACGGCCUUGGAAGGUGGCCGUCCAACGGCAGUCUUGAGAAUAUUUCCGGAUACGAUGCUCACUCAAGCAGCAAUAUAUAUCAUCAACAGGCGUACGCCAUCCGGACCUACGAAAGGCGUAGCUCGCUUACCCCAUCGAUAGCCUAGCAGAAGAAUAGCUAAGACGCGCGUCUCUUCCAGCAGAACACGUCGUCAACCGUACUUUGGUAAAUUUUGUUGGACGAAUCAGGCUGAAAAGAAGCUCGGGUAAAGAGAAAAUAAAGAUACGAAUCAGAUACGAAUCAGAUACGAAUCCACUUACACUCUUCGUCAUCAUGAAGUUCCUCUGCCUGCCCGGCGCAUACGGCAGCGCCAAGAACUUCGGCGUCCAGCUGGGGCCCUUCGCCAAGCACAUGGAGGACCGGGGCCUAGCGACCUUCGCCUUCACGCAGGGCGCGCACGAGGUAGAGCCGCCGUUAGGGUGGGAGAACUACUUCGGGUCGCGCCCGCUAUACAGAUUCGUCGAGGCGGCGGCCGGCGCGGGCGAUGCGUUCGAAGUCGUGCGCCGCGUCCGCCAUAUCCCGCGCGGUCUGACCCCCGAAGCUACGAUUCGGCUGUUCAAGCCGCCGCGCCCCGUUGCGUACGACUGGCGCACCUUUCGCAAAACCCUGGAUGACCUGUUUGAGACCAUCGAGGCAGAUGGCGAGAUUGAUGGGCUGAUUGGGUACUCGGAGGGCGCGAUGAUGGCCGCGUCGAUUUGUGCCGAGGAGAAUAGGCGGUGGGAGGAGAGGGGGGUGCCUAGGCGUAUUAAGUUCGCCAUAUUCUUCGCCGGCACGCCCCCCCUAGUCGCUGAAGGCGACGGCUUCGUGGCGCGCCUAGCAGACGAGCACGGGACGUCCAUCUCGAUCCCGACGUUCCACGUGUUCGGGUCCAACGACCCGCUAGUAUACUCGUCCGUCGCGCUGUACAACGCGUGCGACCAGGACACGGCGCAGCUGUACGACCACGGGCUGGGCCACCUCGUGCCGCGCGACACCGACAACGUCGAGCAGCUGGGCGACGUGCUCGCCGACGUUAUUACUCGCAUUAACAAGGAGAGUGAGAAAGAAAAGGCUGCCGCUGCUGCUGGGUCUGAGGCUGAGGCUGAGGCUGAGUCUGUAUCCGCGUCUGAUACCGAGCCCUCUGCUGACGAAUACGCCGACGAGUCCUCCGCUACUGGCCCCUCGUCUGCCGCGUCUAGCGACGAGUCGUCGGAUCUGGAUUCGCGCUCUAGCAAUGGUGUUGGGUCUGAGGGGGGAAUUGCUAAGGUUUAAGGGGGCUUGCUUGGGAAAUCCACACGGGAGGCAACUCGCCGGGUUCUUACUGUCUCCCCCAAACUCGAAUAUAUCUGGUGGUGCGCUUGGUUUCGCGAUC